AUGGCACUACCAAAGACCCAGACUGCAGUAAUCCAGUCGCAAGCAGCAUCCAGAGAAUCCGGUCUCCGUCUAGCCGUCAGCACCUCCAAGCCCAUCCCAGAACUACCAACGCCAUACCAUGUUCUCAUCCGCGUCCUCGCCGUGGGCCUCAAUCCCACAGACUACAAGAUGGUCACCCACUUCUUCAUGGAAGGCAACACAGUAGGGUGCGACUUUAGCGGGAUCGUCGAAGUCGCAGGCUCAUCGUCCAUCGUGCCCUCCGGUGUCCGGGUCUGCGGCGCUGACUUCCCUUACCGCCCUGACAACUCUUCAAACGGUGCCUUUGCGCAAUACGUUGUCGCGGAUUCGCGGCAUACGAUCAGAGUGCCGGACGGGUGGAGCGAUACGCAGGCGGCGGCAUUAGGGUCUAUCGGAUGGUGUACGGCAUGUCUGGCCAUCUCAGACCCAGAGGCACUGAAUCUGAAGGGACUGCCGUCGCGUCCCGCAGAGAAGCCGAGUCCUGUGUUGGUUUACGGCGGUGCUACGGCGACGGGCAUCAUGGCUAUACAAAUGCUGAAGCACGUGCUGGCCAGGGUCGGAGCGAGAUACGCAUGCCUUGAAGAUUGCCCCAAGCAAUGGCGAACAAGGCGCGCUGUCAAGUCGAAGGCAGUCAUGGGGUUUGAGGCACUUGGGUACGACGUUGACUUGGGCCAUCCGACAUACUCGCGGAAGGCGAACUUUGAACUCCACGAUGUUGCUGCGCGGUGGGCUGGAGAAGUGCAGUCGUUGUUGGAAAGCAAACAGCUGGAGACGCAGCCCAUCAAAGAGGUGAGUGGUGGUUUCGAGGGGGUCAUCAAAGCGCUUGAAAUGUUGCAAAGUGGCGAAGUCAAGGGCGAGAAGCUCGUGGUCCAAGUAUCAAGUUAG